AUGAUAUUGAAAAUCAUAUCUUCUACCAUGAAGACGGUUUACACGGCGACGUGCUUAAAGAUAAAGGAUGACAGCAAAUUUAGAUUAAUCCCUGGAACACUUAUUGCGCUUGGCAUAUCAUACAGUACGGUAGCGGCGAAAUCAUUGGCUAUUGACAAAUUCAUGGCAGACACUGUUACAGACUCACAAACAUUGAAAAGUAGACCUGAAGAUAUGAAAACAAUCAUGGAACUUAUGAUUAUGAAUAUACAAGCUGAAUUUUGUCGAGCACUUGAAAAAGAAGAACCAAAAGUAAAAUUUAUAGUAGAUCGAUGGGUAAGACCUGAAGGUGGUGGUGGAGUUACAUGUGUAAUGCAGGAAGGAGAAGUUUUUGAAAAAGCUGGUGUUAAUGUUUCUGUAGUUCAUGGUAAUUUACCUCCCAGAGCAAUCGAUCAGAUGAGAGCUAGAGGUAAAAAUUUUAAAGGUGGCCAAAUACUUCCAUUCUUUGCAGCAGGUGUCAGUGCAGUGAUACAUCCGCGCAAUCCUUAUGUGCCUACUAUACAUUUUAACUAUCGAUACUUCGAAGUUACUCUACCUGAUAAUACAAUAGAGUGGUGGUUUGGUGGAGGUACUGAUUUAACUCCUUAUUAUCUGAAUGAAGAAGAUGCCGUCCAUUUUCAUCGUUCAUUAAAAAAUGCUUGUGAUCAACAUGACAAAACAUACUAUCCUAGAUUUAAACGUUGGUGUGAUGACUAUUUUAAUAUACCACAUAGAGGUGAACGAAGAGGAGUAGGUGGUAUAUUUUUUGACGAUUUGGACACUCCAUCUACAUUUAGUUUUGUAAAGAGUUGCGCUCAAGCAGUUAUCCCUUCAUAUCUACCAUUAGUUCAAAAGCACAAAAACGAUUUGUAUAAUGACAAAGAAAGAGAAUGGCAAUUGCUAAGACGAGGGCGGUAUGUUGAAUUCAAUUUGAUAUAUGACAGAGGUACAAAAUUCGGUCUCUACACGCCUGGAGCUAGAUAUGAAAGUAUACUUAUGUCACUUCCCUUGAGUGCGAACUGGAAGUAUAUGCACAAUCCAGAUCCUGACAGUAGAGAAGGAAAAUUAACAGAAGUUCUAAAAAAUCCAAAAGAUUGGAUUAAAAUUGAAUAA